AUGCCAACAAUUACGCCUGAGCUUGCUGGACAGAUGGUUGACAAGGCCAUCGUUGCGCUGGAGGAUGAGGAGACGAAGAAGAAGGUCGGAAGCAUCAUUACGAAGGCCAAGGAGGCGGAGCCGGAGGAUGAAGUGAAGCGGCAGAUGUUGAUGAUGCAGGAGAUUCUGCCUUUGGCCAAGAGCGUCGUUGGUGACAGCUGGAAGGAGUGGGGAGUGACCGAAGACAAUGCCAUGAUGGUCAUGAUGCAGGUUCAGAUGAUGGCCAUGAUGGACCCAGUUUUGCAGCCGAAAGCUGCUAAGGUCAUGAGCUUUGUCCAGGGACAGGUGGGUUCCUGA